CACGCAAGCGAAAGGAGAGGAGGCGGCUAAUUAAAUAUUGAGCAGAAAGUCGCGUGGGGAGAAUGUCACGUGGGUCUGGAGGCUCAAGGAGGCUGGGAUAAAUACCGCAAGGCACUGAGCAGGCGAAAGAGCGCGCUCGGACCUCCUUCCCGGCCGCAGCCACCGAGAGUGCGGAGCGACCAGCGUGCGCUCGGAGGAACCAGAGGAACUCAGCACCCCGCGGGACUGUCCGUAGCAAAAUCCAACAUGAAAAUCCUCGUGGCCUUGGCAGUCUUUUUUCUUGUCUCCACUCAGCUGUUUGCAGAAGAAAUAGGAGCCAAUGAUGAUCUGAAUUACUGGUCCGACUGGUCCGACAGCGACCAGAUCAAGAAACUUGUAGGCUACAGGAGCUGGGGAGCGCGCCUCGGGAAAACGGUGAAAGUCAUCUGUAAAGCGUUGUCACCCUUCCCCACCGGAGCCCCAGCCCCAGAUCCCACACACCUGUGUGCAUUUAGGGCGGAGGAACUGCCGGAGCCCUUUGAGCAUCUUCUGCAGAGAAUCGCCCGGAGACCCAAGCCUCAGCAGUUCUUUGGAUUAAUGGGCAAACGGGAUGCUGAUUCCUCAAUUGAAAAACAAGUGGCCCUGUUAAAGGCUCUUUAUGGACAUGGCCAGAUCUCUCACAAAAGACAUAAAACAGAUUCCUUUGUUGGACUAAUGGGCAAAAGAGCUUUAAAUUCUGUGGCUUAUGAAAGGAGUGCAAUGCAGAAUUAUGAAAGAAGACGUUAAUAAACUACUUAAUAUUAUUUAUUCAGCUUCAUUUGUGUCAAUGGCAAUGGAAGGUAAAUUAAGACAUGCACUAUGAGGAAUAAUAAUUUAUUUAAUAACAAUUGUUUGGGGUUGAAAAUUCAAAAAGUGUUUAUUUUUCAUAUUGUGCCAAUAUGUAUUGUAAACAUGUGUUUUAAUUCCAAUAUGAUGACUCCCUUAAAAUAGAAAUAAGUGGUUAUUUCUCAGCAAAGCACAGUGUUAAAUGAAAUUGUAAAACCUGUCAAUGAUACAGUCCCUAAAGAAAAAAAUCAUUGCUUUGAAGCAGUCGUGUCAGCUACUGCGGAAAGGGAAGGAAACUCCUGACAGUCUUGUGCUUUUCCUAUUUGUUUUCACAGUGAAAAUGUACUGAGAUUUUGGUAUUACACUAUAUUUGUAUCUCUGAAGCAUGUUUCAUGUUUUGUGACUAUAUAGAGAUGUUUUUAAAAGUUUUAAUGUGAUUCUAAUGUCUUCAUUUCAUUGUAUGAUGCGUUGUGAUAGCUAACAUUUUAAAUAAAACAAAAAAUAUCUUGAA